GCCCCCCUGAUGCACAAGAUGGUCCUGUGGUACAAGUGGUGUUACACGUACCUUCGGCCCAAGCCGCUCCCCACGGACCAGCUCGACGAGCUCCUAGAGUUUUCAGGGCACCUCCUGGAGUUGUCCUUCCAGUCGCUGGAGAUGCACGGGGUGCUCGCCGAGAAUCUCUCCAACCCGAACGCGACGGCCAGGCAGGUGUUGGGGCUGCUGUCUCUGCUCGCGAGGUUCUCCCACUUCCCGGCCGAGUUCAAGGACGCGUGCGCCCGGGUGUGUGCCGAGCCGGCGGACGCGGACCUCGCGUCGCUCGCGCCCUCGGACCUGGUCAACGCCUUCAACAUCCACCUGUGCGCCGUCUUCGACGGCCCCGCUGCGCUGAAGUACUGGCUCACAGAAGACGAGACUAUGAAGUCCUUCUUCCAGGUGCACACAUCCCAGAAGUGGUACCAGAAGCAAGACCAGGAGAGGACAACCUUCCUACAGUCCGACGCCUACCUGACGCUGAAGGAGACGGCGGAUGCCAUAGGCGUCGACCUGCGCCCCAGCGACCCUGGCGAGGUGUACAACGUCGAGCUCGUUGCCGGUGACGCCCGCGAGAGGCUGGGGUCCCGCGGCGAGCCGCCCGUGGCGCUGGUGUGCGUGAAGUCCAGGGAGCAGCUGAGGAUGAGCUCGGCCGUUGCCUCCGUGAGGCGGGCCCAUCCCGCUGAAAUGGAGAACCCGGAGCCAGUAGCGCGGUCGAGUACCAAUUCCCUCGGCCGCCUGCUCCUUGAGACGGGCGUCUUCGGCACAGCGUCGGAACGCCUCAGGCUCUUGAUCCCCCGCGAGGACAAGAAGCCUGUGAGGUGGUGCUGGUUGUACCUGUUCGGAUCCUUGCCUAGGUCAGCCCAGGGGUGGGACACCGGCCUGGUCGUCCCGACCUGGGUCUCCGUCGCUUUCGCCCAGGUCAACCUGGCAGCGCUCGCAGAAUCAGGCGGAGCCGCCGCGGGCGUGCUGCGCCGCCAUGAUUGCGGACUGCCUGGCCUGCAUGGAGGGCGUGUCCAAGGAGGAGAGUACUGCAAGAGCAACCCGCACACGGCUGGAUGCGGCGACGAGGCGGACGCGGACGAUGGCGCGGAGUCGCAGCUGAUGGGCCACCGGACCCUGAGGCGGCGCACAGAGCCGACGGAGACGAGGCAGCAGCUGAUCGCCUCCGAGUUGCGGGAGCGCUUUGAGGCGAAGGAGGACUGGAUCCCCACACUGGGCGGCUGGCCCACUGGUCCCAACACGUACCCCGCGGAGACCAAGACCGUGAAUCGCUCGUGCAGGGAGGUGGUUUACCAGGACAAGUGCCACAAGAUGAUCACCUGGGCCAUGAACAAGGGCAUGAGGGAGCACCCGGAGUGGUACCCCGGCCUCAAUUUGGACUCCAAUUGGACGGAGUACCAGGAGUUCAUCCACGGCAGGAAGCCCGACAUCUGCCCCGAGCCGUGCUGGCACGUCGAGAACGCGACCGCCCGCCUGGCGCAGGACGGCGCCGCGAAGCCGCUGGCGGAUGUGAUGGCCAUCACGGGCUACUGGAGGCUCACCAUGGACGACGCUGACGUCGGGAGGCUCCGGACGGGCCCUGGCAGCUACCUCCACCAGAUGCCCGCGGUGAUGACGCUGAACACCCCGAUGGCUAUUUAUGGCGACGCGUUCGGCUUGGAGAACAUGCGGAAGGCUCGCGGCAAUUCCACGCCCGAGUUGCAGAGCGCCGAGGAGGUGCACCUGACUUCCCUGCCGCCGUGCAGCACUCACGGGCAGGAGCUGCGGCAGAACAACCUGAAGUACACCGACACGAAGAACGCGCCCUCCAUAUCUCUCGGCUGCAUCUGGGACGGGAAGAUGAGCCUCAUAGCCCGGACCGCCGACAAGCACCCCGGGUACAAGUUCUACGCGUGGCUGGACGUCGGCAUGCACGCCUACAAGUACGAGGUCAUCAAGAAGCACGGAGGCCGGCCAUGGCCCGACGCCGCGAAGCUGGCCACCCUGCCCACCGACCGCGUGUCCGUCGACCGCACGUUCGAGUGCGCGAAGUGCAAGCGCGGCGACUGGGACAACUUCUGCCACUGCAUCGCGGCCACUUCCAUCCUGGUCCCGGGCUCAAUGGUGAAGGAGGUCAGCGACCUCUUCUAUCGCUUGAUGGAGGAGUGCUUUGAGCAAGCGAAGGGCAAGACCUCGGCCUACACCUGCAUCAGCGAGCAGCAUAUUCUUACCCAGAUGCACAAGGAGAAGCCCGGGCUGUUCAAUUUCGUCGACAAGGGCUACGGCAGCAUGGCGGCUGACCUUGUCACUCAGAUGUACGAAAGGGACAAGACCACCCAGCUCUCGAGCGCCAUGCGCAACACGCUGCUCGUGGUCUCCGCCUUCAUCAGGCAAGCAAGACCGACGGAAGACCAACGUGCCCUCGCUGGCCUCCUCAAGCAGGUCAGCGACCAAAACAUCGAGUUCAAGCAGGGCCUGUCCGCGGUCAUCGCCGCGGCCGAGCUCCAGUUUCCCAACUCUGUGGACCAGCUGCGACAGCCGACGACGCAGGUCGCACUGAUGAGCGAGCUCAUUUCCAUCAUCAACAAGUACCACGACGAACCCCUCGAGUUGCCGCAGAGCGCGCCAACUGCCGACUUUGCCGCGAACGCUUUGCCCGACGCGCAUGUGGUUUCUGAUUCUGCCGCGCCCGUGGUCGCCGACGCCGCGCUGCUCGGCGCGCCCACCUCCACCCGCUCAGCGCUGACCAGUAUCCAGACGCAGAGUGUCGACCAGAAGGGGCUCCCGCCCGACAAGAAGGACCUGCACUCUACCAUCGCUGCUUCCUGCAGAGUGAUAUCUGGAUUCGACGUCCUCGCUGACGAGCGCAAGGGCUCGGCCAUUGCCAUGCCUGUGAACACUGAGCCCGCGAUCGCCACCGACUCCGACGAACUGAUGCCGAUCAGCAUUCAGCCGCAGCGACGACCUGAUGAAUUUCCCGCGCGGCGGCUUGCUGGACAUGUUCGAAGUCAGGGCUCGCCCAGACGCGCAUCGCUGGAGAAGAGGCUCCCGUUCGACAAGAAAAACCUGCACUCCAUCAUCGCUGCUGCCUGCAGAGUGAUUUCCGAGUUCGACGCCACCAGCAAGAGUAAGGCAUCGGCCUUCGCCAGGUCUGUGAAUACGGAGCCUGCGCUCAACCACGCCAUCGUCUCCGACGGCCAGCUGUCGAUCAACACGCAGAGCCACUACGACGACCUGCUGAACUCCCCGCGUGACGGCUCGCAGGACUUGGUCGGAGUUCCGGACUCGUUCUGCUGCGCAUCACUGGAGGACCUCAUCAGCACCGGAUUGUGCUUUGGCGAUAUUGAUGGCGGCUCCACCACGUCGGACUGGUCCAGAACGGACAUGGAGGCACACCCCGAGCUUUUCGCCACCAGCGACCCCGAGACCAGCGACUUCCCCACUUCCGACUUCCACACAUCAUACAAGAUGAACAUCUGGUGGUACGUGCCCGUCACGGCCGACGGCACCGCGGAGGCCGCGCAGCCGUCCCGCAACCGCUGCCACCAGUUCCGCUUCAUGUUCCGAGGUGCUGUCCAGAAGCUCCGGCACCUGCAGGCCAUGGGCUACCGCCCGGCGGUCAUCUGGAUGACGGAGUGGAACAGGCUCACCAGCCAG